AUGUCUCUCAAGGUCGGCGACUCGUUCCCUGAGGGAGUUGUCUUCUCCUACGUCCCUGUCCAGCCUGAGACGUCCGAGUUCACCGCCUGCGGUAUUCCCGUCAACUACGACGCCAGCAAGGAAUUCGCCAACAAGAAGGUAGUCCUCGUCGCCGUCCCCGGCGCCUUCACCCCGACCUGCUCCGUCGCCCACGUCCCCUCGUUUGUCUUCAUCGCCUACAACGACGCAUUUGUCAUGAGCGCCUGGGGCAAGGCCAACGGCGUCAAGGACGAGUUCAUCCUCUUCGCCUCGGACGCCGGCGCUGCCUUCUCCCAGAGCAUCGGCUGGACGCUGGGCGAGCGCACGGCGCGCUACGCUCUCGUUGUUGACCACGGCAAGGUCACGUACUCUGAGCUGGAGACGGAGAAGGGCAGCAUUGCGCUGACGGGCGCCGAGGGCGUCUUGUCAAAGCUCUGA